ACGGCACUCGCGAGGGGCAAGGGGGGAAGGUAUUUAGGAGUGUGCCAGGGCCUUGCGGUGCCAGUAUUGCCGUAGUGAAGUAAGUGGGCGGUGAGGGUGACCUGCGCCGUACCCCUGCCCCGAACCCUGCGCGUGCACGCCCUUCCACCGCGCUUGGGUCUUGAGACUGAUCACUUCAGAUAUCGACGUGUUUCCUCCUCUCGAAACGCGUGACGACCGAACCGGCUACCGCUGCGCAACACAUCGCCUCGGGAGCCCUGGUGCCUCAGACCUCCUGUUGUCAACGCAGCCGUUCCUCCUGCGUCUCCCAGCGGCGAAAGGUCCUCCUCCUCUGGCGCUGUAUGCCUUGGACAGAGCUAGAGCUUGGAAGUUCGAGGAGCCUCUGGAGUUCGCAGCAUUAGCCUCUCUUCAUGGGUUAGUGCUCCCAAAUGGCGCCCGCAUUGCACCGCCUGAAGCCACGCCGUCAGUAGUGUUUCGCCCGAAGGCUUUCUUUCUCGGCUUCCUCUCCUUCUCGAUCCUGUCGCCAUGGACGCCCUCCUGCCGCAGCUGGACGAGGCGUGGGUGAGCCUCAGCGUGGGCGGGGACGGAGGCAGCGAAACGGACUCGGGUUAUGAUCCUUUCUCGCCCUUGAGCCUGAGCGACCUGCCUCCGUCGCCGUCGCCGUCGGAUCGGCCGCACCUCGGCUCCCCAGACAUCUCCCUGGACCUGCAGGAUCACUUCUCCCCCACGUGCGACCUGCCCGCCGCAGAUGGACUGGAUUUGGACGCCCUCGAUCUGGACGCCUUGGAUACUCUUGAUUACCUCUUCCCCGAUCCGCCCACGCCGCCCACGCCCAUGAGGCCAUCGUCGCCGUCACCCAUGCCGCCCCUCGCAGGGUCCGCCGUGUCGCCGAAGUUAGAACCUCUUGGGCUCCUCGAGAGCGUCGGCGACCUUCCGGAACUGGACUUGGCCAUGCCCGCCAUGGAGGGCCCGUGCGCCGUCCAGGGGGGCGAGGUCGCGGCGCUCGAGGCCUUCCAGGUUCCCGUGGAGUUUCCCGGGAAAAAGUUCUGCUUCUCGCAGGAUAAGAUCAGCUGCUCUCCGCCCGCUGGCUCUCUGCCGCCCCUAGAUCUGUUCCAGCAGCCUGGCCUCCCGCAUCUGGGCGACCUCCCGCCGCCCUCCGUCGACCCGUCUCUGGCGUCGUCAGACCUCUCGGUGGUCGACGUCCCCAUGCACGGCGUGGAGAGCUGCCCUCCCUUCGGCAUCAACCUUCCCCCGGACAUGACGUGGGGGGCGCCGAGAGGUGAGGACGUGGGCGGAGGCGGCCUCUUCUCGCAGCUGCUGGAGGACGAGGUCGAGGAGCCUCCGCGGGUACUUAAUGUUUUCCUGACGGGGCACGACUACACUAAUAAAAUCGAAGGCAUGCAUCGCCCGCCGUUCCCGCAGUGCCCGCCGCCCCGUCCUAUGACCUCCCUGCUGGGCGGCGGCCGGCUUCCCCCGCCCAUUCACCUGCAGCCCCAAGAGCCUCCUCCCCCACCCCACCCCUCGCCCCCUCAGCGGCAGGACCCCGCUCGCGACGAGGGGCGGGUGUUCCAGUGCACUCACUCUGGCUGCGGGAAGGUCUAUGCCAAGUCAUCGCACCUGAAGGCUCACCUGCGGCGCCACACGGGGGAGAAACCGUUCGUGUGCACGUGGCCAGGGUGCUCCUGGAGAUUUUCUAGAUCUGACGAACUCGCUCGCCACCGACGCUCUCACUCGGGGGUGAAGCCUUACAGAUGCCACGUGUGCGACAAGCGAUUCUCCCGCUCAGACCACCUUGCCAAGCACCACAAGGUGCACCGCCGCGACCGUGUCCUCGCCCUUUACAGCCCCUUGUCCAACGCUCUCCCCGGCCGCCGUCCCCGAGGGCCUCCGCCGCCGCCCGCGCCGCCUCCUCCGCCGCCCUCGCAGCCGCCCACGAGCAUCCACAUCGGCAUCCCUCACCAGUCUCUUCCCCCCAUCGUUCACACCGUUGAAUUUGGCAACGUGCGGCCGAUCCGUGUCUGCCAAUAAGGGUCCAGUGUGGCGCGAAGUGAGAGAAAGAGUAUCACGAUCCGGCAGCCUGGUCGGCCGAGAUCUUUGUGAAGACACUUAAACGAGGGCAAAUUAUUUACAUUUCGCACCAAGUACUUUUCGAUGCUUCUGUGCUAUGGUUGCAUCAGAAAUAAAUGCCCGUGAACUCAAAGGGGACGGGAAGGUGUUAAUAAGGUUAGUAGAGACAGUAGAUUACUUCAUGUACAAGAAAUGGGAGUAAUUCAACAGUCAUCUGUUCGGUGUCUCACAGUCAUAAAUUCUGUUACUGACGAUCAAAAAGGAUGUGAUUUGAUAAUGACAGGAAUAUUCUGUAUUAUCGGCAACAAAGAACAAUGCAAAGAUAUAUCACUAUAUCUUCUGUUGGACCGUUCAAGUUUUGAUGAACAAGUGCCACAGCAACCAACACAGUGCUGCAGCUGCUCUAUAUUUCUUGAACACAGUUUGCAGAACAGAUUUUUACACGUUCUUU